AUGGCCGGUGUUGGAUCAGGUUAUGAUCUCACGACGACAACGUUUUCACCAGAGGGUCGCGUUUAUCAAGUGGAGUAUGCGACCAAGGCUGUUGAACAAAGUGGCACGGUGAUCGGCAUUCGCUGCGUGGACGGUGUGGUGCUCGCUGUCGAGAAUCUGCGCGGUGUCAAACUAUUACGUCCAGACUCGCUCCGCCGAAUUUUCGCAGUGGAUCGUCAUAUUGGCAUAGCAGUUGCGGGUAUCGGCCCUGAUGGCCGGCACAUGGUCGGCCGAGCGCGCAGCGAAGCACAGAACUACCGUUCCGUUUAUGCGGAGGAAAUUCCCCCGAGCCUGCUCGCAGAGCGUUUAGCGAGCUAUGCGCACGUGUACUCACUUUAUUGGCACGUGCGGCCUUUUGGUUGCACCAUCCUCAUAGGCGGUUGGGAUGCUUCUCAAGGACCCUGUCUAUACGUUGUCGAGCCUGACGGUAGCGGAUACAAAUACCGGGCAUAUGCAAACGGCAAGGGUCGCACCGCAGUGCGCACAGCGCUGAAUAAACUCAACUUUGAGCAGCUCACUUGCACCUCAGCAGUUCAAGAGAUAGCGCGUAUGAUUCAUCAGUCUCGGGAUAUCGCUAAAGAUAAACCGUACGAGCUAGAGAUGGCUUGGAUCAGCGAGGCCAGCGAUCACAAGUUCGCUCGCGUCCCAGGGGCACUUGUCGUCAGUUCUCGACAAGCGGUUGAGGAGGAGCCUCAACAGAUGGAGACCGGUGGAAGCACUGCCUCGGCGGAUAGAGGUGAAACCCCGUCAACAUCAACACACAUCAUGGAAGAGAGCUAA